AUGUUUAAUUUAGAUAAACAUACUUGUUUAUUUAUUUUAUGAGUUUGCUAAAAUCAUUGGCGGUGAACUUGACCUUGAAGAAACCAGUAUUGGGAAAACCAUACAGUAUGGAUAUACUCAGGCAGUUUCAAAAUAUCUCGUGGUGUAAGCCAGAUUGGUGCUUUCCAAGCAUGAGUAAGGAGACUAACGAACUCCUAUGUCACUGUGCAAAUCUUUCACAGGUUGAGAUAUCAGAUGAUGUCAAGGAAAUCAUAAAGAAAAGCAAAGCUUUUCCUAUACCUUUCCCCAUUGAAAGUGUCAGAUUAGAGAAACUGAUAGAGAGGAGACCAAUUGAUAAACUGAAGAAAAAUAUUGUGUCAACGUAUCCUCUUAUACAUGAGAGAGUGUUACUUCUAAUGACACACUUUUUAAUUUAUAAAAGGGAAUUUGGAACAAGCAUUGAGAAAGCCUUUUACAAAGACAUGACUGUACCAGAACUGAUAGACAGGUUGUUGAAGAAGCGUGCUGUAAUGUUUAUGGGCGCUCAGGAUGCCUAUAAACUUCUUACUGGUGAAGAAGAUGUAGAUGGUUGGGAAGCAGUAGGCACUCUCCAUCAGAAACCGCCUCUCCUUUUGGAGAACUGUUUGAGUUAUGACGAGAUGAAACUCUCCGCCAUGGUGUAUGUCAGCGGACCCACUGAAUGUAUCAAUGAUGGGUCUAGAAGUAACGCGGGUGUCGUCAGAGAAGAUAACGCUGAGAAGGAUGCUAUUAUUAUUGGGUUAAUAGGCGCCCGUUUCGAACGUAAAUUCCGUAUGGACUACGAGGAUGUCCUGAUCACGGAGCAACAGAACUGUCUCUCCAACGGCUACGGCGAGGAGGUGACGCCCACCACCUGCCUCAACGUGCUGAAGACCACGUACGUGAGGAACAACCAGUCCGCCCGGCACAUGUGGCGGCAGAUGUGGGCCGAGUUCUAUCAGGUCCACAGUUAUACUUACGAAGAGUUGAUAUCGUACGUCGCCCUACAAGAUAAACCUGAUGACAAAAAGUAUAUUGACCGAUAUGUUACAACGCAAGACUCCAUAUUUGACAAUGAAGUUUAUUACAAGAGGAUCACAAUACUAGCGGAGAGUGCAUUGUUGGAGGCCGACCAUAGAGCUAAGGAAGCUAAUAGAGAUGCUUAUCUCAAUAUUAUCGGAUGUGGUCUCGGAGUAUGGAAGAUAUCGGCCCACCAAACGGACGUAUACGUCCUCACUUUCCUAGAAAGGAUACGAUCUUUUCUCAAAAAGGACCUACUGAACCACGUAUCCGAUGUGAACUUCGCAUAUAUAAGGCCUAGUAGUGGUGUUCUGAGUCUGUUUGCUGACAGCGAUGAUGAGAAGAGGAUAUUCUUUGAAAGCAAAAGGCAUCCGAGAGGUGGCGUUAAUGUCACAUUGAAUAAUAGAGAGCCUUCCGCCAAAUUAGUGGGUCAACACGAGGGAAAGUUAUUGGUGAUCACUUAUCCGUGGGAUGGAAAUGCCCAUCCCGGGAACGAAUUUUGGAUCGGCAGUCUGACCGCUUCCGGUGAUCCGGCGGCCGCCUGUUCCACGCAAGUGGCGGAGUUGCACAACGCCCACAUUAACACCGCGGUAUCCGCGAGUCACUCACGAAUAUCCGCCUCGCACGGAGUGACCACACUACAGCAAUACUGUGCGGCGCUCGAUACAUAAUACAAAGAUAUUUAUACCUGUUAGGCUGUCCACUCGCGUUAGACUGUCGCCGACCUAUAAGCUGUCUGUAAAAUUAUCUAAUAUUUUUAUCAUGUGAAAGCAGGGUUCGGAGUGAUAAUUAUCGCGAUAAUAGGCAUGAUGAUAGAGUUAAAAAAAAACUAUUUAUUCUAUCAGUCAGAUAAUAGAAAAAUAUUGGAUACGCAUUUUUUUUUUAUUUCAAUUUUACAAGAAGUGGCUGAAAUAAUGGACAUUAAAUUUGUGUUUAAAAUAUGCGUGUAUCUAAACGUAAAUUAACUGUGACUUGCGAUAGUAACUACAGUACAUCUUUACUCUUUGCGUAAUGCCAACACCAUAUGUAAUUAAAAAAUCAGUUAAGGCAAAUUUAAACUGUAAAUUUACUGUUCUGUGAAACUGAUAUUUUGAUAUCGACG